UAUAAAAAAACCGAAACAGAUCUAGAUCGACCAGCAGCUCCUCUGCCAGACAUUCCAAACCCUCAAAACCCCAUUACUGCUGUAAAUACCCUCAACAAAAGCCUCAAAUUCCAUUAAUGUCCAUUUGCAUUUUUAGCUGAAAUCUCCCUGUCCUUGAAAGGUGAAAAUGGAGAGAGAUUCGUCGGAUGAAGAAGACGAUCGAGAGAACCUGAUCGAUUCCAACCAUGCGUCGAAGAUCCGACGGUCCUCCUUCGAGAUCGGCGAAUUCCAGUCCCGGGUCAGCCGCAGCUUUGCGUUCAACAAGAGGUACCUCAUCGUGAUCUUCCUCGCGGUCUUUCUGAUCAUCGCCUUCUUUUCUUUCGAUAUCGGCCGUCUGUUCCGAAGCACCUCAAGCGUCAGGAUUGCUCCAAAAGUCGACCGGAUGCGAGAAGCCGAACUGCACGCUCUAUAUCUGUUAAGAAAUCAACAAAUAGAGCUUUUGAAUCUGUGGAAUCGGACAUCGACUCGUUCAAAACCAGAAUCUUUGAUACCGAAUGUGAAUUCCACUUCCUCGAAUUCGAGUUCGAAUGCGACAUUAGGUCCUGCAUCAAAGCCAUUGCCACCGUCGAUUUCGUUCGAUGACUUCAGAUCCGCAUUGUUUGAUCAGAUCAAGCUCAACAAAGAGAUUCAAGAAACUCUGCUGUCGGCGCACAGAGUAGGAAACGUAUCAGAUCUGGCGGACGAUGAUGCUGGACCUGCAUUUGUCGGGUUUGGUGCAGACACCUGCCGGAAAGUUGACCGGACAGUACUGAGGCAGACAAUCGAAUGGAAGCCGAAGUCGAACAGGUAUCUGUUCGCCAUCUGCAUCUCCGGCCAGAUGUCUAACCAUCUGAUAUGUUUACAGAAGCACAUGUUCUUCGCAGCUCUUCUCAGCCGCAUGCUGGUCCUCCCAAGCCCGAAAUUCGACUACCAGUAUGACCGGGUAAUUGACAUUGAUCACUUAAACCAGUGCUUCGGACGGAAGGUCGCCAUCUCCUUUGAAGAAUUCUCCGAGAGCAAGAAGGGUCACUUGCAUAUAGAUAGGUUUAUUUGUUACAUGGCAAAGCCGCCUUGCUUUUUGGAUGAAGAACAGGUUAAGAGGUUGAAGGCAUUGGGGAUUUCAAUGGGUAAGCUUGAAUCAGCAUGGCCGGAGGAUGCAAAGUUGGCUGAGCCAAAGAAGAGGGUGGUCGACGAGAUUUUGCCAAAAUUUUCUUGCGAUGAUGAAGUUCUUGCGAUCGGGGAUAUUUUCUAUGCUGACGUAGAGGAGGAAUGGGUGAUGCAGCCAGGUGGGCCGCUUGCUCACAAGUGCAAGACGGUUAUCCAACCAAGUCGGCUUAUCAUGCUUACAGCACAGCGGUUUGUCCAGACGUUCUUGGGAGGGAACUUUGUUGCGCUGCACUUCAGGCGACAUGGGUUUUUGAAGUUCUGCAAUGCAAAGAAGGAGAGCUGCUUUUUUCCUGUUCCUCAGGCAGCAGAGUGCAUUCUUCGGGUCGCGGAAAGGGCAAAUGCACCUGUAAUUUAUCUGUCUACGGAUGCAGCUGAGAGCGAAACCAAUCUUCUGCAGUCAUUAACCUUGCUGAAUGGCAAGAUGAUCCCCCUUGUCAAAAGGCCUACUCACACAUCAGUGGAGAAGUGGGAUGCAUUGCUCUACAGAAACCACCUAGGUGGAGAUGAUCAGGUUGAUGCGAUGCUGGACAAGACGAUCUGCGCCAUGUCGAAUGUAUUUAUAGGAGCAUCUGGUUCGACCUUCACAGAGGACAUAUUGCGGCUCCGAAAGGACUUGGGUUAUGCGUCGGUUUGCGACGAGUACUUAUGCCGAGGUGAGCAACCAAAUUUCAUAGCAGACUCGGAAUGAGGGAAUUGAGUCAUGGUUCUGAUUCUUCUUUUUUAUUUUUGCUUUUACUCUUCUUCACAUUGUUAGUAGCUCAGCUACAGAUGGGUGCCUGUAAGAUUUCAAUGUGUACUUUAGUGUAUAGUAUCAUUAUAUUCUUGGGUAAAUUUUGGGCUUUCUUCCUUUCAGAA